AUGGUUCGGGAUUACGAGCUGGACCCGUCGGCGGAGCCGUCGAGCGUCUUUCACUUCACCACACCCACGAAGACAUCAGAGCUUCUUCAUGAACACACUGGAGGCUUGCUCGACGUUGCGAAGAUGCGGGAAGUAGUGACUACAGAACUCGCGGACAACGCUUUUGUCGUCGCCACCAACCGCUUCGUUCGUUCCAUCUUGUCCGAUGACGAUCCGACACGCGACAGGCGCGCCGCAGCCGAGAUAUUGAAGAAGCUCGAGGAGGAUGAGAUAUACGUUGCGGGCCGCUGGGCGGACUUUCCACUCGAUGCCAGCGCAACAGAGGCCCAGCUGUAUAGACCAUUCAUCCAAGCAGCGACAGAGAUUGGACGUGCGCUCAAGGACUUGGAGGGCGAGCCGGCGCCGAGGACGCACGCCGUAUGGCUACCGCAACCGGAUCAGGUUCUGAAAACUCUUCGGAAAGGUAUCACUUCGCUCCGACCCGACAUCGUGGCUGUCAUUGGCGAGGGGCCGGAGCAAGUCGCGACUGACCAAGAUAAUCAGAACGAUGACGGAACAUAUUGGGUACGAGUGCACACACCAGUCGAGGUCAAGCGCGCAGCCGACUCCUCUGCCGUGGCAGAAGGGGUUGCGCAAUUGUGCAGAUAUAUGCGAAUGGUCCUCGGUGAACAACUGGACCGCCGCUUCGCCCUCGGGUUGCUUCUGUGUGGUUCCAAACUAUCUGUCUGGAUAUGCGACAAGUCCGGGUUGAUAGGGACGCGUGAAUUGAUCGACAUACAUACACAACCGAAGAAGUUCAUUCGAGUCAUCAUGGCCCUCUCUCGGCUCCCACCGUCAAGACUAGGUUGGGACCCCGAUAUGCUGCUCGUCACCCCAGAAGGCCGUGCGGUGCCGUCCACCGACCCUUCCGUCAAGUAUACGGACUUUGGAUCGUCCUUGUACGAGACGAAGUGGCAAAUUACCGUGCGCUCUGAGGGAUCCGAACACGUCCUCGUCACCGAGAAAGCCCUCAGCCUCAUACGCGCAGCCUCACUUUCGGGAAGCGGCACUGUGGUUUGGAGAGUGCACGAGAAGGAAAAUCCUGAUAAGAAAUAUGUGCUCAAGCGCAUCUGGCGCCUAGCGUCCGCGCCCACAGAAGAAAAAGUUCGAUCGCGUCUGAAAAAGCCAUCGCGAGUGUGCAAGAUCGCAUACACCAGGGACGCUUUCGUCGACGGUCUCCUCGACCACACGAUAUCAUGCAUCCGACGGGGUCUAGAGCCCGAGAAAGGUGACCUGGCCAAAGUGGGUAAGUCUUCGCGAAAGAGGGCCCGGGACGACGGGCAGGGCGACGAUGCGGAGAGCCCUGAGCAAUAUAUCCAUCUCGCCUCGGAGGAUCGGGUUGUCAUCGCCGGCAAGCACAAACCCGACCCUCGCGUUCGCAGCUACACCCUAAUGGAAACCUUCGGGAAGCCUAUCAAGUUCUUCGAUAACGUCUUGCAGCUUCUGCGUGCCCUGCGUGAUGCUGUUUCAGGUCAUCAAGAUCUCUGGUUCGCGGGGGUUCUGCACCGGGACAUUAGCCCGGGCAACAUCUUGAUUGUAGAGAAUGAGGAAGACGAGGACCAAGUAGGUUGCCUCAUCGACCUCGAACACGGCAAGAUCUUUGAGACAGAGUUCUUGCCGCUUCCAACCCCGUGCAAUAAUGCGCGAAGAUGCCAAAGACUGAUUGAGGAGUUCGAGGAUGACGAGGAUGACGAGGAUGGCGCGGAUAGACAAAUCACGUACGAACAGGCUGCCGAUCUGUUGGGUCGAUAUGGGAGCGUCAAGGAGGUGAUAUAUUCCGAACAAGGAGCCCGCCACAAAUUUAAAGAUCAGCGCGCGGUCCGUACAAGGAUAUUCACACCCAGAUACCGAUGGCCAGAUAUCUAUAGCGAGCAAGCAGCGAGCGCGACGCGGACGGGCACGAGGGCGUUCAUGAGUGGCGAAAUGUUGGAGAGCAUUCGGUAUCCACGCCUCAGGGCGGUUUUGAAAAACGCUCCUCACGACGUCAUCCACGACAUCGAAUCCUUUUUCUGGGUCCUCGUUUACCUCGCCAUCACUCGACGGGGUUCUGGCGGACACCGCCGCCCUGAGUUGCUUCGCGACGACCGCUCUCCGGAAGUGCUGAAGCUCCAGAACAUAGCUUACGUUCUUUUUGAUUCAUCCGACCAACUCAUGCUCUACACCAACAAGCUGAAACUGUUCCAGAAUCCGAAGCAUUUGACCCAAUAUGUCGUCCCUAAAGUUACCCCGGCGCUGGGCAGCUUGAAGAAGCUCAUUCAGCAAUGGUGGCAACUCCUCGUCCUCUCUUAUGCGCUCUACGAUCGCUAUACUCCUGGGGUCAUACACGAUCAAGUUCUCGCUCUCCUUGACGAGGCUAUUGCCGAAAUCGCUGCGUCGCCUGGGGGAAAUGAAGACCCUGGAGUCCCAGCCGCAACCCAGAUAUGGGAGAACAGCCCGAGCAGGCCUAAGCAACAGAAAUCCGCCUCCAAAAUUUCACGUCCAGAGUCCCCGAGCCCUAUGCCGAAGAGGAUGAAGACCAAGAUUGGGGGAGACGACAUGGACGAGGACGAAGAGGGGGACGAGGACGAGAACAUGGGUGACGAGGGUGAGGACGAGGGCGAUGGUGAGGACGAGGACAACGACGAUGAUGACGACAACGAUGACGACGACGACGACGAUGACGACCACAACAGCGACAGCGACAGCGACGAGAAGGGCGGUGACUAGGGCAAGACCUACAGCGACGGCGUGGUGACGAGAUCUGUAACGCGAAGCACAGCGAAGACAACCCCGGCUCGCCGUUCUGACGACCUCCAGUCUCAACUCAUCGUCAACGCACCGCUCCCUGUUGGUUGCCUCAUCCUGCCUUCACAAUCUGUCCAUAUCUCUCGUGUUUCGGUCCCGGGGACGCAGACCCAAUGUCCGAGCUGCGGACUGGCGUACUUACGCCAUGUUAUAUUCAUGAUUCAUUCCUCCCUCCCUCUCUUGCUGCUGGAUGUUGUCUCGUAACUCCUUGUCGGAAUGCUAUCCCUGCUUUGUCGCUUACGCUUAUCAGAUCAAACUCAAUGUUAA